CCACAGGAUUCCGCAAGUGAGUGAGUUAGAACUUUAUUUAGGUCCUGAGGGGAAAUCAAUCCGGCAGCUCCACCCAGGUAGGGGCCGGUAGACAGAGUCCUUCGGCGACGGCCCGGGCCCUCUGGACAGCCUUGAGCUGAGCGAUGAGCUCAGCUCAAGAUUCCGCAAAGCAAGCUGUAUUGUCGAAUUUUGACUUCCAGCUUCUAAUUUGUAGUAACGCAGGCACAACGACACGGACAAGGAAGGCGCGUGAGACUACACACAGCGCUAACUUCCAGCAACAAAACCAACAGACAGCCUGCCAACAAGCCUAUGUAGCUAACCUUAUUGACUUCAGGCAUUUUAAGUUUCCUUCAUCAUGAUGAUCAUCAUCAUCAUCCCAUUUACGUCCCCUGCAGGACGAAGGCCUCUCCCUGCAAUCUCCAAUUACCCCUGUCCUGCGCCAACCGAUACCAACUUGCGCCGGUAAAUUUCCUAAUUUCAUCACCCCACUUAGUUUUCUGCAGUCCUCGAUUGCGCUUCCCUUCUUUUGGCACGCAUUCAGUAACUCCACUGGUGCACCCUUAUAUAGUUUCCUUACAUAUAGAAUUCCAACUGAUGACCAUAAAGUUGUAUACAGAAGAUUGCCAUGCCGUAUUCCAUGGUUAAAUUAAUGUCGAACACAUCAUGCCACAUUGUCUCGUUUGGACGACAGAUCUCUUUCGGAGCAGAACACUCUGGGACUGUGGAACAGCAGGUAAAGUGCACUGCGAGCAAUAAUAUAUCACUCUAGACAUUUUUAACGAGGAGCUGCCUUAUCUUCAGGCUCUAUAGCUAGACGUACACGGCAGACGCCUGAGCGUUGUGUCGUGGGUGAGGCGUGCAUGUCGGCACAUGCAUGUCCAUCGUACGUGUACGGGUAGUUCAGUGCACACUAUAAACAUCAUCCUCACUCUCUUCUUACCUUCCUCCCUCUCUCCUACGCGGAGUAGCAUGCCAGAGAUUGGAUUGGAUUGUAAAACUUUAUUUGUCCAACAGAUGUAGGGAAGGCUUUAAGUCUUCCCACCUAGACGAAAGCCAGGAGUCCUUGGACCCUAGCGGCGAUUUCGGCCAGUUGGACGGUCUUCAGUUGAAUCUCCGGAUCGGAGCUGAGUAAUAAGGUCUCCCACUGUUCUAAAGACAUUAUUCUUCCCUCAGAGGGAGCCUGUGGGCAUUCCCACAGAAUGUGAUUAAGAUUAGCCCUGGCUUUACAUAGCUUACACUGGCUAGAGUACUGACCCGGGUAGUAGAGGCUGCACGACACCGGGCUUGGAAACGAGUUGGUUUGCAGGCGACGCCAAGUGGAGGCCUGGCUCUUGUUUAAGCAUACCAGAGAGAAAGCUCCUGCUGCCGACCUAUGUCUGCUUUUCUCGUCACAAAGUGUUUCACAAAGCGUCACAAAGCGUCUCAUCCUCCACUUUGUGGGUAUGUGCCAAUGUCCGCAAUCAUCAUCAUUAUCAACGUACGAGCAUCACGCGCCGUUGCACAAGCUUCAACACGCGCGAUCCGUGCAAAGAAGAAGAAGCUGCUGCACGAGCAUCGUGGCUGAGCACGCGGCAUAUACCUCGCGUUCGAUCCUACGUCGCAGAGCCCGUUCCGACGUUCCCGCGGUGAAGAUGGCCCUGAACCCCUUGGCCGUGCUGCUGAUGGUCUUCUACUACUGCGCCGUGGUGUCCGUGGGCGUGUGGGCGGGCCGCAAGAUGAACGCGGACAGCAGCCUGCAGGCGCCGCGCCUCUGCGUCGAGACUCGCCGCAAGCAGGACGCGGCGCACGUCCUCAUGAAGCUGUUCAUAGCCAACCGCAACUUGCCGCUCUGGAUAGGCGUCGGCUCCAUGACCGCGACCUGGGUGGGCGGCGGCUACCUGAACGGAACAGCGGAGGCUGUCUACAGGCACGGAAUCCUGCGCUGCCACGCCCCUCUGGGCUACGCGGUCAGCCUGGUUUUAGGCGGCACAUUCUUCUCGAACAAGAUGCGCGCGACCAAGCCGAUGACCAUGCUGGACCCGUUCCAGCACCGCUACGGCCGGUGGAUGGCGCUACUGCUCUGCUUCCCAGCAGUUGUCGGCGAAGUCUUCUGGACUGCCGCCACCUUGGCAGCGCUUGGUGACACCGCCGGCGCUAUGAUAGAGGUGGACACACGCUUCGUCAUAUUGGCCUCCGCUCUGGUGGUGUUCUUCUACACAUCGCUGGGCGGCGUCUACGUGGUUACACACACCGACGUAUUCCAGAUUGUCAGCAUGGCCAUCUGCCUGUGGAUUUGCGUGCCCUUCUGCUUACGCAACCACGCCGUUGGACUGAUGGGGCCCCCGCACAGCGACUGGAUCGGCACCAUCGAGUCUAGCGACAUGAGCCAGCUUUUCGACGCCUUCCUGAUGACCGCACUCGGAGGUAUUCCGUGGCAGGUGUACUUCCAGCGCGUGCUAAGCUGCGAGAGCGACUUCGACGCCCGGAUGCUCUCGUACUUGGCCGCCGUGGGUUGCAUCGCGCUGGCCGUCCCGCCUGCAGCGAUCGGCGCAUUGGCCAAAAGCGCGAACUUUACGGCGGCCGGCUAUCAGGGUCCGUACUAUUUGCGCGACAAGGACGUCGUGAGAGUGCUGCCGUAUUCCAUGCGCUACCUGACCACCAACUUUGUCUCCAUGGUGGGCCUGGUCGGCAUCAUAGCUGCGAUCAUGUCGUCGGCGGACUCUUCCAUGCUCAGUGCCUCCUCCAUGGUCACCAAGAACGUCUACCAAUCCAUCAUUCGACCCAUGGCUUCCGACAUCGAGGUGUCCCUGGUGUUGCGAAUUAUGGUGUUCGCCAUCGGGUCCUGCGCCACCUACUUGGCGCUGUCCGUGAAUUCCGUGUUCCAGCUCUGGCUGCUCUGCUCGGACAUAGUCUAUGUGGUGCUGUUCCCGCAGCUGAUCUGCGUCCUCUUCUUCGAAGAUAGCAACACGUACGGCGCCUUCUUGGCUUUCUUCGUCAGCGUCGUCUUCCGCUGGUUGUGCGGCGAGCCGUCGAUGAACGUGCCGGUGACCAUCAGGCUCCCGAUGUACGACGAGGAGCUGGGCCAGCAGUUUCCCUUCCGGCUCACCUGCAUGCUGCUCGGCCUGCUCACCCACCUGCUGGGCUCGUACGGCGCCUCCUUGGCCUUCCGCAGUGGCUGGCUGCCGCAGAGCUUCGACGUCUUCAAAUGCUUCGCCUCGCUGCGCCACUCCGAAUCGAGGCAAGCGACCAAGCACAGCGACCAUAGCAUCGGUGCGUCAGCCACCGGCACCGUUGCGCCGCAGCUGGGCGGCGAAUCGAACGUGAAGAACGAAGUCGGGGAACCGUCGUUGGCCAAGGACGACGACGUUUACAGGCACUGGAGAACGAUCAUCGUCAACCCUUUAAUGAAGGGGAAGCCCGGCUCCGUCGUCGCUUCACCGAUCACCAAGAAAUCGAGCAGCAAGCUUGCGAGAAGAGCCGAUACGGCGACGGGCGUCGCGAUCCAGCCGGAGAACCUCGUAUCUCCCGUCGCGUUUGAGGCGAAGGCGCCGUCGAGAACGGACAGCGCCAAGUUCCCGAGCUCCGCCAAGUUGGACUCGUCGAGCGACUCGAAGGCGUCGGAGAGCAAGCCAGAAGGCAAUCAGGCCACCCAGCCGACCAAGGCGCCCCCCCUCAAAGUGCGCCGUUCCAAGAGCCGGACCAAGAUCGAGGCGGCGACGUCGGCGGCGGGCAGCGUCUCCAAGAGCGACAGCGAGCCGCCCCAAGACGGGGGAUCGCGAGAACAGCAACGUUGAGGAGCAUCCCGCAGCCCUUACCAACGAUGCUUGCUCCGAAGCGUCCUUUCUUCUCAUCGGUGGUCGCGCUAUUUUUUUUUCUUUGUGCUUACGUAUUUUAGAGUAGCUGUGACUCAGAAGGACGAAGCGGCCGCUGCGAGGGCGACACGUUACCCGCAUUCUGCACGACGGCUUUGAGCGGACGAUGCCGGGCUCACGUCUAAGAGGCGGGGUUCGUGUACGCGUGGCCAUCGCCAAUAUUUCGCGUUAAAAAAAGAAUGCUGUGUGCUGACCGAUUCGGCGAACAUAUGCAUGGUUAUCACUCCUGGAUGAAAUGGCAUCCAGUGGUUUUCGCCACUGGAUGUCAUUCGAACUGGCCAGUACUGCUACUAAGGAAUAGGGGAACACUCCAGUGGAUUCACUGCUAAUUCCAGAUUCUUUUUUUGCUUAGUGUAGUUCAAUUUCCAUGUGAUGCAGCGGGUAGGUGAACCUUUUUGAGGCGGGAUUCAGCAUUUUUCCAGCUGGCAAUGAGUGCUUUUAACAGCUGGAAACCAUUGCGAUUGCCAGCUGAAAGAUUAUUUUAGAUGAGAAAAGUUACAGCUGGCAGAUAUUCCUACCUAGUAAUCCAGCAGUGACUGGAAACAUUUCAGCUGGUGCAGCAUAUAUGACGGGCUUCAUUGCUGCUGUAAAUGUGAGAAAGAUGGGUGAGAGAGCACUGGCACAGUGUUUGGCCUCUCAGUAUUUUCUGUUCAGCGUAGACAACUUCGUUAAUGUGCCCUGAAGCGAAUAAUGAAAAAAGUCAAUUAUUUAAUCUGUUCAAAUAGCUAUCUGAACAUCACUGUUUAUUAUGCAGGUUAUUUCUGCCUCUUUCUGUAACCCAUCUGAGAAGGCUGAACAGAACUGUCUGUCUCAAAGGUAAUCUACAGAAAAAGACUGUUGGUACAGGUAGCAUGCAAUAUCCCGUUCAGCCACCGAUUCCAUUCAAUGAAAAAUCGCGAGAAAUACAGAAUGUGGACUCCAUGCGCAAACUCUCUGCGGGAACGUCAGAUACAUCAAAUAUUUAAAGUCUAGCAUACCUAGAAAGCAACAGUACAGCUACUUGAUACUGAUAUCGAGAGUACACACCUGGUUGUCUACAUUUAAAUUCGAUUUACCAAAAAGAAACUUUACGUACAUUAUCCAGACUUGCGGUGCAGGUCCAAUGAGAAGUGUUCCAAGAUGUUUGCAGCACAAUCAUUUUCAUCAGGGAUUUUGCGUUUCAUGCACUCUCUUGAUGCGCACGGUCAUGCACACAGGACUGCCUUAGGGGAUACAAACAGGGCUUUUUUUUUAUUAUGUCUCGGCAGCGACAGACACGGCGCAUGCUACAAAAAAUUGAAACCGUAUUCACUCGAAAAUAGGUCAAACAUAAAGAUAGGUCGACCUCUGUAUAUCAACUCGCCGAGAAAUAAAUACAA